GUAUCGAAGCCGCGAACGCGCCCGCCUCCAGCCGACGAACGAACCCGAACCCGGAACCGCCCGCGCGCUCGAACCUGGAACCGCCCGCGCGCCCGAACCCGGAACCGAACCCGCGCCCGUGCCACACGUGCCUGACUCUCCCGCGUGCAAGCGCGCCGCGCCGUGUGUUCCGCGUAGCCGAGCCGCGUCCCCUCCCUGUAGCAAGCCGAGCCGCACGCGAAGUCCCCAUACCGAGCCGAGCCGCGUCUGCACCAAGCCGAGCCGGUCCUGCCUUCUUCCAGCCGAGCCGCCAAGCCUGUUUUGGCUCCUUCCACCUAAAUUUUUGCAAAUUGGACCAAAUAGCUGCUGCAGCUUAGGACUUCCUCAGUAGGAACUCAUCUAGCAACAUCUCGAGGAAGAAUGCCGCCACGUAGAGGUGCACGCCGAGGAGGUGGCAGGGGAGGCAGAGGAGCCGGUCGUGGCCAACCGGCGGAGCAACCUGCCGCGCCGCCAGUCAACCCCGACGUACCAGUCAACCCUAAUGCACCGGUCACUCAGGCGGAUCUCGCCGCAAUGGAGCAGCGUUACCAGGCCAUGCUGCAAGCUGCUCUAGCGCCGUUCCUCGCUGCUCAGCAGAACCAGGCCGCCCCUGUUCAGGACCAGCCUGUAGUCCCUCCAGCCCCUGUUCAGGACCAGCCCGUCAUCCCUCCAGCCCCGGUGGAAGCCCAGCCGGUGCCAGUACAACUGUCAGCUGAGGCCAAGCACUUGAGGGAUUUUAGGAAGUACAACCCGAAGACUUUCGACGGAUCCUUGGACAACCCCUUUAGAGCCCAGCUGUGGUUGACAUCCAUAGAGACGAUCUUCAGGUACAUGAAGUGCCCAGAAGACCAGAAGGUGCAGUGUGCAGCUUUCUGUUUGGAGGAUAGGGGGACUGCCUGGUGGGAGACUGCUGAGAGGGCGCUGGGAGGAGAUGCCAGCAAGAUCACAUGGGAGCAAUUCAGGGAGAGCUUUUAUGCUAAGUUCUUCUCUGCCAACGUGAAGCACGCCAAGCUCCAAGAAUUCCUAAACUUGGAGCAAGGCAAACUGAGCGUGGAACAAUAUGAUGCCGAGUUCGACCUGUUGUCCCGUUUUGCCCCUGAUGUGAUAUGCAAGAUUUCGAUGUAA